AAGGGAGGUGGUUCGUAGCCAGUGGAAGGAUGAAAAACCCUUAGGAGGAAAUUAGGGAAAAGAUUGUUCCAUGGCAACACCAAGGUAUCCAAACAGAAAGAGGUCUGAUGGGUGUAACAGUUUCCUUACAAGCUAUGAUAUUUGCAGGGUCUCAUUCCAGGGCCAAAGGUCACCAAGAGGGAAAAUGAUAGGGAGAUUUUAUAAACUACAGAUGGUUUUUCUUUUUCAAAUACUAGACCUCAGGGUCAUCCAAUGGAACUGAGUGGUGGUGCAAUCUAGGGCUGUGUACAGGUGCUGUAUUACCAGUUGUAUUACUGUAUUACUGGCUGUUUGGCCAAUAGCAACCACCAGGCAAGCAAGAGGUUCUUUAGAUUCCACUGGACAGAGAACUGACAGACUCUUAGGUAGAGACAAACUCUUAUUAAUUGGUAAACAUCAGGAAAGAAAUUGAUCAGCAACCUGGAAUGCAGUCUAAUAUAAAGCCAAGAGCAACUGUGAUAAACUACAAAGCUAGCAAUAUAACCAAUAAGCAAAAUAUCUCAGGCAACAACAACAACAAAACAGAUAGAAUAGGUUUAGUUCUUCAUGUCUCUCCAGCCGAUGGAGAUCUGGAAGGCUUAUCUGGGAUACUUCAGACUGGUAGAUGGUCGUUCUCUUCACAUUCUGGAAUGGAGCAUAGAACAAUGUAUCAAGAUCUCCCUGUCUCCUUCAGCUUCUGGCCCUUAUAUGUCAUAUUUUUCCUUGUAUAAGACUAGGGUUUUUUAGCUAAAAAUUUAAGUUUAAAAUUGGGGCUCGUUUUAUACAUGGGUUGUGCUGAGGGGUGUUUUGUUAAUUUGGAGUCCCCCAAAAUAGGGGGUGUCUUAUACAUGGGGGCAUCUUAUAGAUGGAAAAAUAUGGUAGUCUGUAGCGUAGGUCUCAUGUCAAGCUUGCAACAGAUGUAAUUCAUGAUGUAAUUCCGUUCCCAUCCUUUGAUCUGGCCUGGGAGUCGACACAUGUGGGCGUGAGCCUUCAUUUGCAUUCUUUAUCUGUGCAGUUCAGUCACUGUAAGGUUACUUUCCUUGUUCCCAGUCAACUGCUUCCUCCUUCCUUCCCCCAUGCAGGCAGGUGUUUGAUAGCUGGCCAAGCCAUGAAGUUGCUUUCACUUCUUCUCAAACAGCCAUGUCCCUUAUAUUAAAGCUCCAGCUACAUUGCAAACCAGGAGCAUCACAUUCUGUUUUAUUCCCUGGCAAUACAGGUGCCCUGCUCUGAUUCAUGGGCCCAGUUUGUAAAUCCAGAUCUAGGAUCAUGAUCCAGAAAAUAUAAGUCUUUGGGAAACCCAUUUACUUGCAUAUCAAGGGCUGCUAGAUCAGAUGGCUUUGAAACGGGAUUAGACAACAGUCCUUUUUUUAAGCCACAGCAUCAGAUGUCAAGCUGGGUCUUUGCAAAAAAACACACAAAAUGGCACACUUGGGGAGCCUGGGUAACAGCUUCCACUCUACUUCUUCUCCAGGUCCAACUCGUGGUGUCCAAAGUCUUGCUAGAUUCAAUUGGAUUUAUAGAGUGAAAAAUACUGUAUAUUGGACUCAACAACGUCUUUACGGGAAAGGAUGGUCUAAUACUGAUGCCACUUUCUACCUAAUGUGCUCAUAAUCCUAUUCUCCAUUUGUUGUUGUCUUAUUCUAGAUUGUUGUUUCCUAAACACAACUGAGAGGAUGGAGCAGCAAGCGCCCACAGAGCCUCCAACACUAUCGGCAACUAUAACUGAUGGUCUGUAUACUGCACAGUCAUAAGGGAUGAGGUUUCUCAUAAAGUAGAGGAAUGCAUGGGAAAUGCACAGGUUCUGUCUGCUUCUUUUCCAUGUCCAACUUGUGGUCUCGAAAGUCUUUUUAUUAUUAUUUAUUUAUUUCAUUUUUCAAAUUAAAAUUUUACAAUUAAAUAUCAACGUACAAUAUAAAAACAAGAUUCCAAAGAAUCCCCUGGACUUCCCUCCUCCCCUUUGUGGGUCCGAUUGUUAGUCGUUUCCUCCUGCAUCUUUUAUAAUAAUCCAAAUCUUUUACAUUUCUAUUAUGUCCAAAAUUCUCCAUUAAACUACAAGUGGUAUUCCAAUCACACUAAGAAUUUUAGCUGUUUACACUGGUUUUAAAAAUAGAUUAUAAACUUUCCCCAUUCCUUAAAAUUUUCCUGAUUUCUGAUUCAUUUUUGCCAUUUCGGCAUAAUCCACCAACUUUAUCUGUCAUUCUUCUCUGGUAGGGAAUUCAUCUUAUUUCCAUCUCUGGGCCAAUAACAUCCUCGCAGCCAUGGUCAUGUACAUUGUCUUUUCUGCUCCUUUGGGAUUUCAGCGCCUAGAAUUCCUAACAAAAAGUAUUUGAGGAUUUUAAGGGGGGGAAAUUAAACUUUCCCCCCAAUUUAUUAAAUAACAUUUCCCAAAAUUCUUUUACUACCUUACAUGUCCACCACAUUUGAUAAAAGGUGCCUUCUUUUUCCUUAUAUUUCCAACAUAUAUUUGACCCUGUUUUAUACAUUUUUGCUAAUUGACUGGGAGUUAAAUACCAAUGAUAUAUCAUUUUCAUAUAAUUUCCUUUCAGCGUGCAACAUGCUGUGAAUUUUAAAUUCCAAUUCCCUAAGUUCUCCCAUGCUGCAAGUUGUAUAUUAUUCCCAAAAUCUUUCACCCAGUGUAUCAUUGGCUGAUUAGGGCAUGCCCAGGUGUCGCCCGGAUCCCCCUGGUUGAAAUUAUCAAUUUGUCCCUUGGCAUGGGGACAUUCCCAGGGGAGCUGAAGGAAGCAGUGGUAUGUCCGCUCUCAAAGAAAACUUCACUAGAUCCUUUAGAUCUAUCCAAUUACCGCCCAGUUUCAAAUCUUCCAUGUCUGGGUAAGGUAAUUGAGAGAGCGGUUGCUGAACAGCUUGGUAGGUUUCUGGAGGAAACAUCAGCUUUAGAUCCAUUUCAGUCUGGGUUCCGUCCUGGUUUCAGGACCGAGACAGCUCUGGUUGCCCUAACAGAUGAUCUCCGUAGACAACUAGGGGAUGAGGGAACAGUUCAGGAAUAUAUACACGGUAACUUAUUAAAAAUUAGGCAAUAAGUAAAGGACAAUACAAUAUUAUUGAUGUCCACAGCUGAAGAAAGGAAAAAUUACCGUAAUUUAAUUGGCUGCUCCUCUUAACGUCAGUUCAUAACUGUUGUUUGCAAAUGCUUACUGAAGUCCUAUAAACUAGAUAUCCAGGAGCUUAGAGAAGAAUAGAAUGCAAAUGAGAAUGCUAUAUUAUCAGUAAAUAUAUUAAAUAUUAUUUAAUUAAAUAUUAAAUAUUAUUUGAAAAGCAAUUGUAAUGAACAGAUUAUGCUUGUAGGACUGCAAGAAGUUCUGUAAGGAGGAUUAUUUGAAAUAUUGCAAGAAAAACUAUGAAAAGAAUUAUUAGUUAAUGAUAAUUAAGAGUAAUAGAGAAAUUAAGAAAUGCAGAACAAGUGAUAAAGAACGGAAAAUCAUCAGAGGUUGUUGAUGGAAGUCUAAAACUUUGUAUAAGAUAAGAAUUUAUGUUAAAUGAUUGUUGGAAAUGAUAUGUUUAAAAAAACUAAUACGUUAUGUUAAAUACGAUAUGUUAAAAAAAACUAAUAAAAAUGUGGAGAGAGAGAGAAUGCUAUAUUAUCUAAAACAUUUUUCAAUACCUUUGAAUCCAUAUGGAACAUCUUUUUGGUAUACGAUGGAGACUGAUCCAGCAAAAGAAAAAGAAAGACAUUUCAGUUAUAUUGGACUCAACAAUGUCUUUACAGGAAAUGAUUGUCUAAUGCUGAUAGACGCCAAAGUUUAAUGUUGGAAAUGCCUCAUUGAGACAUAUUUUUGGCCUGAUGUUGUUGUCCAUUUCAACUUUGUACCGAUGAAAUCCUUGACAUUUGUAGAUGUGCAUCUAUUUUAAAAAUUAUGCUCCUGUAAUAGGGAGAUUAAGUGCAGGACAACAAAAGCAAAUUUUGUGAGCUUUAAUGCUUGACAAGAGACUAAUACUCUGAGCUUGGAAGGGAAAACACCCACCAUACAACCAAUGUGUUCAUAGUUGUUAUAAUAGCUUGUUGUUUCACAGAUGCAACUGAGAGGAUGAAAAAGUGCGGAACUGAUGGAGCAUCCAGAAAGGAUUCAGCAACAGCAAAAGAAACUUGUGGUCUGUAUACAGCACAGUCAUAUUGGAUGAGGUUUCUCAUAAAGUAGAGGAAUGCAUGGGAAAGGGAAGUUGAUGGAGAGGCAGGCAGAGAGUGGAACCAGUCAGGUUGUGCUAGGGAGGAGUGCAGAGAAAAGCACACACAGCUCUUUGGGUGCCAGAGAUCCAUGAAGCCCCAUAGAAACCCCAGGAUUCAGCCCACUCUUUGCUGCUGGCUGUGGUGUUCCUUUACUGUGUGCAGCCAGGAAUGGUGCCACCAUUAGGCAGAAUGAGGCAGUUGCCUCAGGUAGCAGGUGCUGGGGUGGGCAGAGAUGGGUAGACCACACAAGCUGCACUGCACCUCCUCAGUUAGUCUGCUGCCCCAUCAGCAGCAUCGAAAUAUCAGCCAAUGGCCAGUCCAGCCCAGCUUCUGUAUGUGGCAUUAUGUGUACAGAGGGAGCAUCUUGUCAUUUGUUUGGGGAGCAGAAAGUGCUUUAGUAUCAAAGGCUACUGUCUUCUGAUCCAGACAUUGGUCAGAAAAGCUUCCUCAAGCAGCAAGGUAUCCCCCCUUGCUUCCUCCACCUGCUUACCCACCCAGAUUACCACCCCUUGAACAGUUGACUGUCUCUGGCUGAUGGCUACCACAGCAUAUGGAAACCCUUUUUCCUGGAGUGGCAGUGGUAUGUUGACUUGUUGCUAUUUAGUCGUUGAGUUGUGUAUGACUCUUCGUGACCCCAUGGACCAGAGCACGCCAGGCACUCCUGUCUCCCACUGCCUCCCGCAGUUUGGUCAAACUCAUGCUGGUAGCUUCGAGAACACUGUUAGCUACUGAUGGCUGAAUCAGAAUUUUCUUUCUUCAAGCAUCUACUUUUCAGGACAUGGUUACCUUCUUAAAAUCUCCAACGGGUGAAAGAUUUAUCAUACUUGAGAUUUUCAUCCUUACUGCCAUGACACUGCUGCUUUUCCUUCUAUGUAAGUACAUAAUUAGCAUACUUUGCAACUAUUGUCAUGGGCUUUGCUUAAAUGCCAAUAGCAUUUCCAAAAAGAGAUGGCAGGAUCCACCUUCCAUUUAUCCCUUUCAUCCCUCUUUGAUAUCAGGGGUUGAGUUACAGCUGUCAUUCAUUGAGAGCAAUGACACUGUUUUGUUCUCCCUGAAUAAGCGAGUUCCAGCACUUCGAACAGAAACACAGUGUGGAGAAGUUAACCUGUGUUGAAUCCCCUUCUUGCGGAAGAAACUUUGCAGCACAGACCCGGUGAACUCCCCACCGCGAUCACUCUGAAAGUUUUGCACCCGUGUGGAAAACUGCAGUUCCACAGCCGCAAUCCAGUCUUUGAUUAGCGGCGCGGCCUCACUUUUGUGUUUGAGUGUGAAGAGCCAGCCGUUGCACGUGUGGUCAUCAAUCAGAACCAGCGCAUGUUUGGCUCCGCCCAUACUGGUCACAGACAUCGGCCCACACAAAUCUGCAUGUACUAACUGAAAAGGCCUAGUGGUUACCCUCUCAGACCUUGGGUAUGUGCACGUUUUCACCUUUGCGUGUUUGCACGACCUGCAAUCUAGAAACUUAGCAUAUGAUUUCAUUUUGCACCAUUCAGUGCACUCUGGGAUCUUCUUCACUGACCCCCAGGACACAUAGGCCAGGCGUCGGUGCCAGAGGUGGGCACACGCAUCAUGGACUGGAACGUUGGCACACUGUGCUUGAGCCACCGCCAUGUCAUCUGGACCUGCAAAAGAAGCAUCUAGUACAAACAACCUGUCUUUGCAUUCAACACUGACUAGUUGCUGUCCAUUCUUAGAAAUAUAACACAUAUUGUCCUCAAAACACACUCUGUAGUACUCAGCAAGAAGGGCACUGAAAGAUAGCAACGCGCAGGACAGUCCUGGAACAACAAACGCCUGGAUCGAAUCCUAUAAGAAAGAACAAAACAGUGAGCCAGCCUGCGUAAGAGCAUGUUUAGUCCCAUCUGCUAAACAGACAGUCUUUCCAGAAGUUAGAGAGGUGCAGUUCUCCAGGAAUCCUGCAGAUGGCACGAGAUGAUGGAAAGCACCUGAGUCUAUCACAAAAGUCAGCACAGCGUCCUGUUGACAACUCUUGACUUCUGCCAUAGAGGCUGCUAAAUCUUUAUGUUCAGUGUCUCUGCCAGCUGCCUUUGGCUUUCCUUUCCCAUGCUUCGAAGAAGAGCCCUUUAUCUGGUUGCUACGGGAGACGGCCUUCGGCUGUUCCUGUGCCUCCACUGGACAUUCUCUUACCAGAUGGGAGGGGGAGCCACAUCAAUAACAGCGACGGGAAGCAAAAGCUCUCACAGUCUCCCUUCCAGCUCUUCCUGCGCUCCCUGCACCCCCACCUUUGGGUGCCCAGCCUGGGCCUGUACGCUCCCCAGCACUCUGGUUGUGGACCUCUACAUCACGUGGCCUCUUGGAGACAAAGCAGCAACUCCCAGCUGUAACAUCAGGAACAUGGCCAGCAGCCCCCACCGGGCUCUCAGCUUCCUCACAGCCCUUGGCUUCCUCCCGGCCCUUGGCUCCUGCUGAGCUUUCACACAGACUCCUCAGCACCUGCCAGGUGGCCUGAGCCAACUCAACGCCCUCCAGGUGGGGCAACAGCAAAGCGUCCACACUUGCUUUCAACAUGCAGAGCUCUAUUUGCUCUCUCUGCUUUCUCUCACUCAGCAGAGCAGCCUCCAGGUCUGCUGCACCAUCUCCAGCAGCAGCUUGCAUAGGUGGGGCCGGCUCCUUAUGGACUGGACUCCAGAGCCCUGUGGCCACAAACCACCCCCUUGCUCUUCUGGCCCAGAUUUCCCAGGUCUGGCCUAUGAACUUCCCGGUGAGCUUCUCAAACAGGACAUCAAAACUCUCCUGGAGUUCAGCCAUCUCCUCCCCCGGCCCCCCUUGGGGCUUUUGAGUACUCAUGCGUACCAACCGGCUCCGAGGAGAGGCCUCCAGCGUCUCUUUGCAGCACACAGCUUGCAGCCAGCCAGCUGAGACAGAGCCUCAAAGCUGGUCUUUUCUUCCGGCAGCCAAAACAGCAGCUUUUCAGCUUUCUCAGCCUUUUAAGCACACAGCACUUCAAAGCAGGCUUUCUCUAAUUGCGUAUCACUGCCACACAUAACCUCUGAGUGUGAUUUAUUGCUCAGAUAAGCCUGGCGCCCGGUGCGCUCCCUCUGCGCAGCUCUGCUGCCAGGCCUCAGCAUUCUCCAAAGUCCGCACUCCAAUGCUCUGAGCAAAAGCAGAGUCCAGCAGCAGUCAGAGAAAGCUGUAAGCUUCAGUGCUUUCUUCAGUGUGCUUAAACAAAGUCCAGACAGGAUUCUAGCAACUAAAAGCAGCUUUAUUUACAGCAGAACUAUCCAUUGUCUAACAGCAUCGUGAAACACGUCCGCUCUCCUCAAAAGCGAAAGUAGAGACAGAACAAAGGGUUGAGACUCUCAGAUGUGACGCAGAAUCUCCCCCCACCCCACAGUAGGCAGGGCGUACACUCUGAGAUGUUUAACCCUGUAAGCUCAGGUUCUCCUCACACAAGGGAGAUAUUCAAGGUGAGUUUGGCACCUCUUUCUCCAGAAAAAUAGCACUGGAUAAAUGAACACAUAAACUAUUUGUAAACCUAGUUCAUUUUUAAAUGGCACUCCAAAGUAAGCAAAGCUCAGGGGGAGGGAACCAAAUGAUCCAGGACUUUACAUAUUUUAAGCAUACGGCAGGGCAUGAGGCAGCUUGGCAAAUGCAAGUCUCUAGGACAAAGAGGACAGGUGUAUCUAGACACCAAAAAAUCUAAAGCUUUCAAAGGAAGGCCAACCAUCUGAUGACAGAAGCAACAGGCCAAAUGGAAACAGGACUUCUGAGCACCAGGGCAGCCACAAUCAAGGGACAGGAAACAUCAAUAUAAGGGCUGGGAGCAGAAAAUAUUAAUAGAAGUCAUAUUCAUGUUUUUGUUGAUUUGAUUUUUUUAUUCACUCUUCUCCCUAAGCUCCCAGGGCACGUUACAAGUCAGCAUUUAAAAUUCAAUGUUAAAAGCAGUUUGAAACCAAGUAUCCCCCUCCCCCAGGUCACCAGACUAGUAAGCUAGAACAGAAUUUCUUCAUUUCUUUUCUACCUACCUCCUCCUUAGAUCAGAAGGAAAUGAAAAAAAGAGCUGAUUUUCAAGUGGGAUUGGGAAUGAUUCGAAGCAUUGUUGUUGGGAUUGAUUCAACCCAUAAGGACAAGGAUGGUAAGCAUUUUAUAUACAAAUCCUCACUUUUGCUAGAACAUGUUUAAUUUAAACGGACUUCAAUUCCUGCAGUUCCCUUUGGGAUUCAUAUUGUGUGAGCAAAACAUUCAGUGAAACUCAUCACCCAACAGAGUUUAUCACUUUUUCACUGCUCAGCAUAAAGAAAAGCAGAUGGUUGUGAUUCUCACAUUUCCCCACUAGAAAUGCUGUCCUUCCCCACCACACUGUAAUUCACAAUGUUUGUGCUACUGCUAGAUUUUAGCACUAGUGCAAAGGAACUUUGCCCCCACUUCUCCCUGCAUGCCAUCACCAAAACUGCACUCCAGGGUGGGGAGAAACUUCAGAACAGAAUGGAGGGAAAGGGGCUGGAGAUUGCAUUGCACAAGGAGAAAUUCCUGAGCUUACAGAACGCCCUCUUUAGAACUAUGUGGAAUGCAACCCAAUAUUCAUCAGGAAAAGAGUUUGGGUGCCUGUAUUUUCUUAGAUUUCAGAAAGCAUAAUAGAAAACUGUAAAGUAAUCUUUGCAUAUUUCGCUUUACUGUGUGACUCAGUGGGGAAUUGUUUUGUGACCCUGUGAUUCCCAGCAGAAAAGGAGGACAAAGGAAGGGAACAUUAGAGAUACUUCAUGAGCCACUUUCAAUAUGAGAAUAGGAUAGUGGAUUGCAUGGGUCUUUGGUCUGAUCCAGCUGCAGGAUUCUUCAGAGGCCUUUCAUUGGUGAUCUCAGCCACAGAGAAUCAAGUCUGUCCUCAUAUUCAUAAGAACCCCAUCCUGGAGCUCUGCUUCUUGUUUCAGGCUAAAGUGUUUUAAAAUGUUUGGAAAUGGUUUCUUAAUAUUUGCAGAUUGUUAUUUCAGAUACUCCUGCCUUAAACUGUUUCAAAUCUUUUAGACUUCCAAAUACUCGCUGUAGUUCAAAACUUAUCAGACGAAGUGCGGAAUUUUGCCAUCAAAAAUGAUCAACUGCAAAAGGAAAUUGGUAAGCUACCCUAUGAUGUAGUGCAGUGGGAUCCUGCCCUGAUUCUGCCCCAGCUGAAAGCCCCUCCUCUAGCUGAAAACUCUUAGAGCCAGAGCAGAGAGCUGUCCUCCUUUUCAGGUCAGCUAAAAGACCUGUCCUUUACUAUAUUCAUCCAUGGAAGAGAGAUUCUUGAACAGCACAUCUGAGGCAACCUCUGACAACUUGGUCAGAGAGACUGCUGGGCAGUGGGGUGAUUGGUGCAACAACAAAAUCUCUCUUGUUUCACAAGCCCAUCAUCAGAAAGAAGCCCUCAAGCCUACUCACAUAGUGAAUUGGCUCAUUGGCAUGUGGGAUAAAAUACCUGCAGACCAUAGCAACUCUCACUCUACCCACAGGCCUGUUUUGGUGCCACGGCAAGUACCCAGACAGCCAAACCUAGGUCAGGAUAGGAUCCUCAAUUUAUCUGCACAGGUCUCUAAGGUGGGCUUUCCUUCACUGGGAACACUUGCUUUAUAGGUAAAGUGAUUAUAAUGAUGUUUAUAAAGCUUUUUAUGAAAAAGCAGAGAAGGGGAAUGAUUUCUGAAAUAUUCUAUGAUUGGAUAUCAUGUAUCAAAUCAGAACACAGCUGCUCAGAAUCCUUAGCCCGGACUCAAGCUCAGGAAAACACACACCAGUGAAUACAUAACACCCUUCUCCCUUAGACAUGAACACUCAUCCCUGUCACCACAAAUAUUCAUCAAAGUGGUGUGGGCAGUGCCUCACCCACUGAGAUGGGUGAAGCUCAUCUCCUUGGGUUGUUGGGGAUCCUGAUGGAGCUGGAGCUGGUGUCAUGGGUGACACUGGUGUCAUUGCCUCCACACUGUUUGGUGUUGAAGCGUUGGGGCCCCAUUCCUCAGCUCUACCCUGGGCCACAGGUUCUCAUCAGGUACAUCAGCUUGUGAGUCAGGUUGAUCGUUCACCUUGUGUUCUGGCAUGGUAGCAGUGGCUGGCGCUGGGGCAUCAGACAGGCGUCAACAUAUUUAGCCCACAUGCCGGCAGUGGACCUGAACAUCUGGUGUGGCAAGCUUGUCGCCCUGGUAACAGCAGUGGAGAUAAACGCAGGGUGAUCUCCAUAGUUUGGGAUGUAGACAGGGUCAACAGGUGUGAGGGACCUGGGGGUCGCUGGAGCUCCUUGGCCAGGAGGCCGAUCAGAUGCAAGAUUUGGGUGCAGCCAAUCCAGGAGUGAUGCCAGCUUCUGGUUUAUAAGGAGUUCUGCUGGGCUUCAACCUGUGGCAAUGCAGGUUUGAUGUGCUGCUGCAGCAGGAAAUCAACUAGGCUCUUGUUCCAGUCCCCCUGGGCAAUCCGGGUGAGGGAUUCCUUGGUGGUCCUCACCAUUCUCUAAGCCUUUCUAUUCGUUGAUGGGUGGAACGGUGCUGCUGUGACAUGGCGGAUUAGCUUGUUGGCCAUGAACUUCUGGAACUUGGCUGACAUGAACUGUACUCCAUGAUCUGACAUGAUGGUGUCUGGCAGGCCGUGUAGGGUGAAGAAAGACCCACAGCAGGGCCCAGAUGACGAUCCUGGAGGUCAUUGCUGAGAUGGGCACCACUCGAGCCACUUUGACAAGGAGUCCACAAUGAUCAAGAAUGUCUGACCUUGGCAUGGACCAGCAAAACUUGAUGUGGAGACUUGACCAUGGUGUGAGUGUCAUCUCCUACCUUUGGAUUGGGGCCUAAGGCAUGGAUGGUCAGGACUCUUGUCAGGCCUGGCAAUGCUGGACCCACUCUUCUACUGCUGCAUUACUGCCUGGCCACCAGAUGUAGCUACUGGCCAGAGCUUCCAUAUGGACAAUGCCUGGGUGACUGACAUGGAGAGCCUCCAGCACUCUGAUCCACAGCUUAGCAGGGAUCAUGACCCAGUUUCCCCACAGAAGGCAUCCCUUGUGAACUGACAGCUCGUGUUGCUGGGAGACAAAUGGGGAGAAUUCUGCAUCAAGGUAAUCCGCUGGGCACCCCCUCCACAUCCAGUUGAGGACACAGGAGAUGGACACAUGAGUGUGUGGUGACAUCCAUGGCAUGGAGCGGCAGCUGGGGCAGAGUCUCCAGCAGCAUCACACUGUGGGCUGGGGACGGGUCAAUGUCUAUGUCUGGUAAUGGCAGGUAGCUUAGGGCAUCUGUGUGGCCCAGGCUCUUGCCAGGAACAUUGUGCAGCACGUAGUCAUAUGCCCUGAGAAAGAUGGAUCUGGGGCGUCUUCUAAUCAGCAGCAAAAAGGCCCACCAGAGGCAUGUGGUCAGUUAUGAUAAUGAAGUGGUGGCCAUAGAUGUAGCCAUGGAACUUCUGUACUUCUGCUACGAUAGCAAGGGCCUCCUUGUCAAUCUGGACAUAAUUGCAUUCCGUAGAUGACAAAGUUCUGGAGUAGAAUGCAUUGGGGGCCUCUCACCCAUCUGGCUACUGGUGGCUGAGGACUGUGCCAGUUCCAUAUGGGGAGGUGUGACAGGCAAGCACAACAAACUUGGGCUCAUCAAAAUUGGUAAGGACUCUUUCAGAGGAGAGCAGCUGUUUGACAGCAUUGAAAGCAGCCUUUUGAGCAUGGCCCCAGAUCCAAGGAGAUUUCUUGUCCAAAAGCCAGUGCAGGUCCUCCAUGAUUGCAGCCUUGUGUGGAAGAAAGGAAUGGCGUGACUGGAUAGCAUGUAUUGAGUCAGAACACAGGGUCUCAGAAUCCUUAGUCCAUAUUCAAAUUCAGGCAAGCACAGAGCAUUGAAUACAUAAUAGGUAAAGUGAUUAUAAAAUAGCUUAUAAUGCUUUAGAUGUGAAAGCAGAGAUGGGGAACGAAUGCAAAUUGCAUCACUUGUGCAUAAAAACAAGCGAAGGAUGGUCAGCACGAAAACACACAUUUUGUGGAUGUUGUACAAUGAGGAGAUUUCACUCCUCCCAUAUCCAAGAAUCUCCUGAGGAGUCUGCUGAUUCUCCAGAGAGGAGGAGGCGUGUUCUGCUCUCUACUUAUUCUGCUCCAGCACCAAGUCAGUCAGUCAGUCAGUGUCGGAGAGAGAGAGAGAGACACUGAGUGUUAGAGAUCGUGUGUAGAGAUAAGGUUGCUGCUAAGAGCAGCUGCAGACACUCAGUGCAGUGCAGCAUUCAUUUAUGCUUGGACCUAUUUAGCUCUGUAUAUAGUGUGUAUAGUUGUAAAUAGAAUAAAGAAGAUAUUCUACAGAGCUGCUCUCCGAGUUGUUUAUAUACUCUGCUAGAGUCUGCUGUACUCUGCUGUGCGACGACUGUCUUCUUGUUGGAGUGAAUCCGGUGCUCACAACACUAAGCUGUGAGUCCACAGCACUUUGACCUGCUCCUAUGUAGAAGGUGGUCUCUGGAAGUGCUACCCAGCUCGCCUGGCCCACUCGGGGCUGAAGUGGAUGAGUCCAGUUGGUGGCACUGGCUCAAGGGCAAUGCUGACAUAUAAUGCCAUUUCCCCUCUUUUUCUUUGACCUUGGGAAAUAUGAUUGCCUUUAAAGACAUUAUGCCAAAACCAGACCUAAACCCUGAUUGAAAUGGAUCUAGAAAAUCAGUUUCCUCCAAGAGCACCUGGAUCUGGUCCACGACCACCCACUCAAGAACCUUGCCCAGGAAGGUGAGAUUAGCAACUGAUAGACUGUUACUUAGAUUUUUCUGAGCCCAGGGAAUAAUAAUAAUAAUAACAACAACAACAACAACAACAACAACAACAACAACAACAACAACAACAAUUUAUUUAUAUUCUGCCCAUCAGGCUGGGUUUCUUAAGGAGUGAUUUUACCACUGCCUCUGCUCUGGACACCCUUUAAGAUUUAUCUGCUGUAACAGAAGGGUCAUGAAGGGUCAAUUUUAUCCUCAAAAUACUUUGCAAACAAAUCACAGAAAGCUGCUUUCAGUUCUACCAUCUCCUUCAGGCCAGACUGUAGCAGGCCCUACUCUACCCAAGAAAGCUCUGCUGCAUGGCACAAUGGAGGAAGCUAAGCAACACUUCUUUGUAGCCUUCACUGCCACUUGGUAGGCUCGAGGAUGAGCCCUCACCAGUGUUCAAUUGCAUUCAACCUGAUUUUUCCUCCACACACGUUCAAGCCAUUUCCCAGCUUCUUUCUUUGCCCUAACCUCUGCAGUAUACCAGGGGGCCAAACAGUCUGAAUGAAGCGGGAGAGGGCGCUCAGGACCAAUCGUGUCAAUGGCCCAAGCCAAGAAGUCAAGGGAAAAAACAACUAUCUGACUUUCAGAAGACAUCUGUUCAGGGAAGUUUUUAAUGGUUGGACUCCAGUUGUGUUUUAUUUUGUUGGAAUUCACCCAGAGUAGCUGAGGAAAACCCAGUUAGAUGGGCAGCGUAUUAUAAAGUAUCAUUGUCGUCGUCAUCAUCAUCAUCAUCUUUAUUCAGUUGUUCCACAGCUUGGCCAAAACUUGGCAGGAGCACCACCCACUUUCAGAUGAGCUGGAAAAUCCGCCAGAGGCAUUUGGAGGCCCACUGGAACCAUCCUGUCAGCUCAGGCAGGGAGACUGCUGGGCAGCAAACCAGGUGGUAAACCAGCAGAAUCCCUCAUCUGUCCCAGUUGCCCACUCUAGAUUGCCCUCCCCACCUCUGCAACUGGACAGUUAGCCUAGAGAGAGAAACAGAAUUUGAUAAACCACAGCUACUCCCCCUCUCCAUCCUUCAAGUCUGCCCUAAUGCUGCCCGAAGUAUCCAGGUGGAAACAAGUAGGUGAGGUUCUUGACUGCGCUCCCUGUUCCAGCUAUGCCCACUCAGCUAUUUACUGCAGCAUCAGCAUGAGUUGAUGAGUUAAUGUUGUUCUUUUUUUUAAGAUUUCUGAGCUUCCUAAAUUAAUAUAUGUUAUCAUGUGGCCAGAGAAAUGAACUUCACAAAAGUAAUUGAAAUCUGCACAGGCAUACAAGGUGGUUCCCCUUAAAUUCCUUAUCUUGUUUUCUUUUUCUCUUCUUCCUCCAUACCUGGCUGACUCAAAGACAUCAUCUCUAAAAAUGUGGAUGAUGGUUGGGUUUUAUAUGCAACGGCAUACUAUUGGUUUUCUCAUCGGCCACAAUCAUGGAUGAAUUCCCAAAAAGAGUGUGAGAAGGAAGGUGCCAAGCUAAUUUCUCUGGAAACAUCAGUAGAACAGGUGAGCAUCAAAGCCGAGUAUUGAAAAGGUAGGGGAUCUUCUUGAGUCAAAGGGCUCCUAUCAUCACUAUCCAUUUAAGAAGGUACAAUCCACCUGUAUGCAGGCAAUACAGCAACUCCAUCAGUCAAGCCAAGGGGUGGGUGGGGCAGGGAACAGCUGCUACCAUCUGGGGCUAACUAAGGUUUCUUGGUGCUGCUGAGCUCUAAUAGAAUGAAGCUGGCAGUCAGGAAGGAGGUCUUGAAGGAGGAGGAGUAAAUACUUGAGGGAAAUCUUGUAGAUUCUUCCUCUGCUCUUUGAGAUGUACUGAGUGCUCAGAAAAAAAGGCUUCCCUCACCACCCUAACCCUCUGGCAUGAGGGGAUCAUGAAGAUGACUCUAGAGGAGCUUGCAAGGUAUAUCCCUCUCCCAGCCCCUUAACCCUGGCAGAGGGGCUACUGGGAUGCUGCAGGGCACAGACAUAGGUGAGACCCCAUUGUCAUCCCAUCAAGCAUACCACAACCAGACUGAUUCCAAUAGCUCUGGAACCAACAAACAAACAUGGAUACAGAUAUUGGAGUAUUUGCCACACGGGGUCACUGUCCCGCUAGAUGGUUCCAAGAUGAACUGUUUUAUGGCACAGUCAUUUACAGUAUCUGGAAAUUUUAACUCUGUGUCAUGACUGGAACACACAUGUAGUCAGUCUUGGUGAGGGCAGGUGAAGUUACCCUUCACUACAAUAUUUUCUCUUUGGGAUGCUUCCUUGAUUCCAUCAGCAGCAGCAUCAUAACUUGGAUCAGGGGGACAAUAGCACAUCCUCAGUACAAAAUUAUUCUUGGUGCUUGAUGCAACCAUACUUGGAAUACCAUAGUUUUGAUCACGGCUUCUUCCAAAAAUAUGGAUUUGGCUUUCAAAGGUGACACCUGUGUCUUUUGAAAUGUGUUUGUUUCAUGCCUGUUGGAUGUUUGUAAAGGGCUAUAGUAGCUCAGAGAAAGGGACAUUGUCUAGAAAGGCUUUGAGAGAACUGCCUUGCUCCUCAUUCCUACUGAAAAUUUUCUUGUUUUACUUUCUCCCCACCCCUACCCCAGCAAUUUGUGGUGAAUCAAGUAAAAAUCCGAAGAAACGUUUUUUGGAUUGGACUCUUUAAAGACAACCAAGCAAGAUGGAAAUGGCUGUCAGGCACAAUACCUAGAACCCAGUAAGUUUUUGAAGAAAUAUUUGCUAAUGGCAUGCAUUCCAAAAAGUUGCAGAUUCUGUUUACGUAAUUGAUCCUUUCCCUCCCCAAAUACAUUUUGCCAUGCAAUUUUCUCUACUACCAAAGACCUACAUAUGUACUCCUCCACAUCAUUGUCCCGGUGAAUGACUGGUGCUUUUCACUACGUUGGAGAGGCAGGAAGGCUACUCUUCCUGCUUCUCUAACCUAAUGAAUGUGGUGAUUCGGAAGAGGCUGAAGGUUUGUGCUCCUUAGUUCAGCUUCAAAAGGACUUGCAGGAACCUAAAGCUGAGCAACACUGCCAGCUGGCAGUUUAAGACACUUCAUGGUUCCCUUUAAGUAUCUAACAACUCUUUUCAGCUUGUGUUGAUGGAUGUACAAGGUCAGAGUAAGAUCUCACUCAUCCACAGCUUGGUAGUAGAACAGAGAACUGGACUGGCAUUUAUUACCAAGGCUGCAUUAACAGAGGGCUGCUUUCAAUUUUGCAAGGUCUCCUGGAACAAAAUCCAAUGACAUUCAUCUUCAUUGAUGCACCCAGUACCAACCACUAAUCCUUUUUGUCAAAGGUAUUGAGUAAACUUUACAAACGGACAGUGGGGUUGUAUAAUACUAGCUGGGAACUUAAAUCCUGUAUGCCAGUGGUUCCCAGUUAGCUAAGUACUGCAGACCUAUUUUUUUUCAAAAGCCACGCCAUGGGCCACCCUACCUUUGAACAUUUUAAUAUCUCUGUGGCAGUUUUUGUUAUGUGAAUGACACCAUGGAGCCCCUGGGUGGGUGGUCUGUGGACCACCAAUUGGGAACCACUGCUGUUUGUGAUCUUAGACUUGAUUAAAGGGCAGGCCUCACCCAAACAUCUCAUGGGAGUAAAAAAAACAAAACACCUACUACACUGUUACUAGUAAUAUCAAUUUAAUAGAUUCACAGAGAGCUAAAAAUGAGGGAGUUAUAGAAUACAUUUAUCACAGAAUUUUAGUGCUGUGUAGUGGGACUUGAUUCAGUAUACAAUGGACACUGGAGAAUGCAAGUGACAAUAAAAGUGAGGCUAGGGUGAUACCUUUGUCAACUAUGGAUAAUUGAUUAAAGUAAACUUAGAACCAGCAUGUUAGAUUCAGAUAAGAUAGAGAUAUCAUAUCAUUUCAAUCAACCAACCAACCAACCCUAUAAUGGCUUUGUGGUUAUAGAUUAUAUUUUGCAAUUCAUUUGAGGACAUAGCUAUGUUUGUUCCUGUAUAGUGUCACUGCUCUCCUCAUGCAUGGGGUGGGCCCUUUAGUAAAAGUAAAGGUAAAGGUAAAGGUAAAGGUACCCCUGCCCGUACGGGCCAGUCUUGCCAGACUCUAGGGUUGUGCGCUCAUCUCAGUUUGAAAGCACCCCCGGGUGCAAGUAGAUAAAUAGGGACCGCUUACCAGCGGGAAGGUAAACGGCAUUCUGUGUGCUGCGCUAGCUCGCCAGAUGCAGCUUGUCACGCUGGCCACGUGACCCGGAAGUGUCUGCGGACAGCGCUGGCUCCCGGCCUAUAGAGUGAGAUGAGCGCACAACCCUAGAGUCUGGCAAGACUGGCCCCUACGGGCAGGGGUACCUUUACCUUUAUGAGAAAUCACUUCAUGUGAAAAGGAAAGAGACAGUCUUGACCCACAGUUGUUGUUGGGAUUUUGAAUACGUGCAGCUUCACACAGAGUCAAUUAGGAGUUGACCAACAGCCAAGGCAAUGUAAAGGAGUAAAAUCUGCCUGGAGAUAUAGAGGCCUGGAGACAGCUCCCUCAUUGGUCAAGCUCACUCAUGGGAAUAAUGAUUUAUGGCCUAUUGACUGGAAUGUGUUAGUAGAGCGUUGAGAGUUGAGUGUUAGUGUAAGAGUCGUGUGGUGAGAGAGCUAAAGAUCCAUGUUGUGCUCUGUUCCUGUAAAUAGUAACUUGAAGUCCACUGUACAUAAUAAACACCUAUAAGUAACAAGUAACUGAUUCCUGCUUCGUCCAUCCUGCCUGCAACCGAUUGCUUUCAUGAACUCUGCGUAUACUCUGCUAAGGUCCUGCAACAAGUUAGAAAGUUGCGAAACACCAAUAGUUGUUGUUGUUGUUUUCCUUACAUGGUUAGAAUUCUAAAAUAUGGGGAGAAAAAUCCAUCACACUUGUGCGUGGAUGUUAAGAGAGAAAGAGCUGAACAUCUUUUUAAUGAUAGAAGGCAAGGGGAGCGGGUGAAGAAGUAGACAUCCAAUCUUGAUUGAUCAAGGCUGCUAUUUCUUUUCUUUUCAGCUUCUGGAAAUGGGGUGAGCCAAAUAGAGCUGCGAAGCACAACUGUGGUGCAAUGGCCUUUAAUUGCCGCGGAAGUUGCUGGGCAGCAUUAAACUGUGAGCAAAUGACACAGUAUAUUUGCAAGAAGGUGCCGAAUGAUGCUUGGCUCUAAGAAGACACUUUCAAGAUGAACAAAACUGGAUCUCAUGAUCACUACACAAAACCAAAACCAAGAGAUCACCCCACCCUGCUGUUUUAAUGCACAAUCCACACUCUGCCAUCUAGAUUAUGGUACUCUUUGGCAUCAGCCCUCAAAAACACCUUGAAAAGACCUUAUUCUGCAAGCCCAAACGUAGAUGGCUACGAAAAUAAAGAAUGGAAGGGUCCAGUCAUAGCCUG